AUGGCUGAAAAGCAGUUGAAAUCGUCCACUCCAAAACUUUUUCCUUGGAAAUGUGGAGAUGUGAGACAGAUGAUUUUCGCUCUGACUGUGGCAGCUUCAAAGCUGGAAAGCGGCUUAGUGAUUGGGUGGCCUUCGGUUCUCCUCAAACUGCAGGAGGAUAACAGUACGCGCCUUCCCGCCUCAGACUCGGAUGUGGCCUGGCUUGCCAUUUGUAGUCACACUUUGGGAUACUCGAUGUCGGGAUUCACAGGCGUUGCUUCCUCCCUCUUCGCCGGCCCGCUCAUGGAAGCCGCAGGACCCCAACGGCUACUCCUCAGCAUCCUUCUGCCAGCGGCCUUGCUCUGGCUCCUGCAGGCUUUCUCGCCCUACCUCAGCCUCUUCUACCUGUGUCGCGUCUUCUCCUCUCUCGCGUACAGCCUCCUCGCGCCUCUCCGUUCUGAUAGCGGAGUUGCUCAGUAUGGAGGUGAACUUUGCCCUGGGCCAACUGGCGGCGUACGCGAUGGCUUACCUCUCGCCCUGGCACCUCGCGACGGCCCUGUGCUCGGCGGCGGAUUUAAGUCUCCCUACUGGCUGGAUCGCCAGGAUCUGAAGGACAAAGCACUGACAUCUCUAAAGAAAUUACGUGGUCCUUCAGCGGACGUGAGCCUUGGAUUUGAUAAAAUUAUCUCGAAAAUAAAGGAACGACAACAGACAACUUUGAAGGAUCACAUCGCACAGCUUGCUGUUCCUCUAUACUACCGGCCAAUUCUUCUCCUGACGGCGCUGUUUAUCAUACGGGAGCUCGGAGGCCAGUAUGUGAUCUUCUCUUACAGCAAGUACCUCUACAAGAAAGCCGGCGCUGCCCUCGACGCGUUCGCCUGCACCCUCCUCAUGGGCGGUUUUUACAGGAAUUGCGUCCACGUUUGUGGACCGCGUCGGGCGGCGUCCUCUCAUGAUCACCUCUCAUGA